CAAUCAGCGCCAUCCUUAUUGGAACGUGCGUCAUCAAUCGUUCCUGUGGUAAACACGUGUAACCUGUGAAGUUGGUCCUGCGGUGUUCUUGGCGUUCUAAUUUUGUUUUUGACGAGUUAAGGAAGAUGGCGAAGAGCCUGAGGAGCAAAUGGAAGAGGAAGAUGCGGGCGGAGAAAAGGAAGAAGAACGAGCCGAAAGAGCUGGCCCGGUUAAAGAAGGCCCUGGCGACGGACGGGAAGGUCGCGAUUGACGACGUGAUGGACGGCAUCCAGGAGAUCGCCACCUUGGUGCCAGCCUCCAAACUCACGGAGAAGAAAGUGGACGGAGAGGUUGACGAUGGGAAGAUGGACUUGGACGGGAAGCGCUGCAAGAAGACCCACCUGGACGAGAACGGCCAGUACCCCACCUGGAUGAACCAGCGGCAGGCCAAGAAGCUCAAGGGCAAGCGGCACGCCAAGAAGGGCGGGAAGUUCAAGAACAAGAAAGGCAUGGCGUGGUGAUCGGGAUAGACCCGAAGGACAUUGGCUCUGCCUCCACAUGCUGGGAUUACAGUCCUGGAAUGAUGUGCCUGGGUGUAUGAACACGGAUGGACAUGUGGAUGAUCAUCCUAUUCAAAGCAGAGAACACGUUUCUGUUGUCUUCUUCAGAAAUGUUCAAGGACCUUGUGAUCACCAGAACAUGUCAAACGAAACAGAUGUUCCCAGGUGGGCGACUGUAAGCCCCUCUAUAUUCUUUGUGGGUAUUCAGUAAAAUGGACCCUGUACCUUUUUAAUGUGCUGUUUUACAGCUUUGUUUCCUCCAUAUUCAGUCACUGGGCUGACGGCGAUACACAAAUGGGAAUAAAAAAUCAUUUGUAUACAAA